AUUGAGAGUAGGACCAAAGAACAUUACUUCAUCAUCCGGGUGUGCGAUAACCAGCAGAGUUCUCAAUGAGCUCGAUGUACUAGACAUAUUAUCACUAUUGAAAUAUAUAGCUAUUAUAGCUAAAUAACUUGCUAUCAACAGAAGCCAUUUCAUCAUUCCUUAGGAAAUAACGUCGAUGUUGAGGAAGACGUUUGUCAGAUUGUCUCAUGAAAAUCCAUUUGGAUUACCGAAGAAGAAACCAGCGCCAUUAACGAAGCGUGCGAUUCCACAUGUAAAGCAUACGAUUGUCGUCGCUAGCGGUAAAGGUGGUGUAGGAAAGUCAUCAAUAGCGACCAAUAUCGCACUCUCAUUAUCUCGUUUACCCUCUUCACCCCGGGUUGGACUCUUAGAUUUGGAUAUCUUUGGUCCAUCGACACCGAAACUUCUCGGUUUGGACAGAGAGGGUAUGGAAGCUGAACUUACAGAUUAUGGUGCACUCAAACCGUUAUCAAAUCAUGGCAUUUCCUCGAUGUCGAUAGGAUAUUUACUUCCAAACGGUCCAAAAGCACAAGACACACCCGUUGUAUGGCGUGGAAUGAUGGUUCAGAAAGCUACACAGCAGCUCUUAUUCGAUACAGAUUGGCGAGGUGUCAAUGAACGUCAAUUGGAUUAUCUCAUCAUUGAUAUGCCACCUGGGACGGGCGAUGUACCCUUAACAGUUGGUCAGCUUGUUCAGAGUAGUGGCGCUGUCAUUGUAACUUCUCCACAAGAUGUUGCAUUACUAGACACGCGGAAGGGUAUGGCGACCUUCACAAAGCUCAACAUUAAGAUAUUAGGUAUGAUGCUCAAUAUGUCGCACUUCCUUUGUGAGAAUUGUUCACAUCCUCAUGAGAUAUUCGGUGAUGUGAAGAAUUACGAUAGAGCAUUGAAAGAACUCAACGUGGACGACCUCGGUAGGUUGCCAUUGGCUAAGGAAGUUAGCAGUGGUGGCGAUAGUGGACUUCCACUUAUGGCAAUGAGUGAUAAGGUUUCACUCUCAAACGGUGCUAGUGAAGCACGGAAAAUUUUCACUCAAACAGCUCAAGCACUCUUUAGUAAAUUACCAGUAUAAGAACAAAAUUAGUAGCAUUUUGCAUUCAUUAGAAGACGUGUCGCAAUUUAUAACAUUUCAUUACGCAUUUACCAUGAUUCAUUUCCAUCUUUGCCAAUAGCGGUGAACGUCUGCUUGAUGUUGCCCUUGAAAGCAAUCUCAUAUGGGCAUACACUGUUAGUUUGCUUGGCUACUGCUGCAAGUGUAGCAAUGUCCUGCUUUGUGUCUUCGAUUUUCAAGUGGGUUGAGAUGGUAAAUGGUGAUUCCUUGCUGUCGGUCUUGUUUAAUGUGACAUCAGCGAAGACCUUGGCAGCAUCAGAUGGGCCUGUCUUGCCAAUUUGCUGGGCAGCAACUUUCAUAGCGCCCAAGAAACAGGUUGAGUAGCCUAAUGCAACAAGUUCUUCUGGGUUGGUGUUGUUUUCUGAGCCUGGUGGCUGGAUGCUGACUUUGAAGUUUGUUGUCUCGGACUUUGCUACACCGUCAGCUCUACCACCACCGGUUGCAGAUGCCUUAGCUGUGUAAAGGCCCUUCUGUGCUGUGAGCAUAGUUCUGCGAGAUGAUACACCAGCGAGUUGUGCACGUGGUGCUCUUGCUGCUACUGUUGCGAUUCUAGAGAACAUUUUUUUGGUCUUGGUUGUUUAUCGUU